CGUGUCGCAUUGCCGAUGAAGAAGACGAGCAACAAAUAGUUGAAGGCUUGAAGCCCCUCAUAAAAAAUAAUAAUAAUAAUAAAUUAAAAACAAAAAAAAACAAAAAAAAGGCUCUUGUUCAUCAUCCCACAAUUCGAUUCUCUUCGGCUUCUGCUUGCAGAUCUUGGCAUCAACUAUGACAACCUCAAGGCGACUUGCAGAUAGGAAGGUGGAGAGGUUUGAGAAGAAUAUCAAGAAGAGAGGUGCAGUGCCUGAAACAACAACAAAAAAGGGAACUUCUUAUCCAGUGGGGCCUAUUGUACUUGGAUUCUUCAUAUUUGUUGUCAUUGGAUCUUCUUUGUUUCAGAUAAUCCGGACAGCCACAAGUGGAGGCAUGGCUUGAAUGAUGAGUUCACUCUUCUGAUUGUUGAAUAUGGAAGCUGUAGGGACGUGAUACUUUUGCUGUAUGUUGUUUCGGCUAGGAUUAAGUUGUACUAUUACGCCAUGGAGUUUACUUGGCCCCUUAAAAGUAGUAGUAAAAUGAUCAUGUAAUACUGGGCAUGCAUGUUUUUUAUUUUUAUUUGAUUUAAGGAACUUAAAAUAAGUAAUAAAUAUGACUUUACUCCCAUACAA